AUGCCCAAUCGUUUUACUCACUGGCUUCGACGGAAUCAAGGUCGGCUCAAACUGCUAAGCGGUGGAUUUUCUUUUCGAGGUCAGGCGUCUGAAUGUUUCAACCUAGCGCGUCGGGUCAUCUGGUGCCAGAAGACCGAUGACAGAGCACCAGGCCCCCUCCAAUCGCUUGAGGCCCACCGCCACAAUCAGCCGAAAGAACCCCCCAAACAACCAAUGCUCAUUUAG